UCAAAGAAAGUUUAAAACAUGGUUCUACCUGAAGACGUAACAGUGAAAGAGGAAAAUGAUAAUUUUGAAAGCGAUGCUUUUGAAGAGUCGAGUUGUGAAGUAGAAGUCAAGAUUGAACACGUAGAUAGUCCAGAAAUAGAUUGGUGUGUUGAAAAUAAUCAAGUUUUCUUCGAGAGUCAGGAAUAUUCAAAUGAACAAUACUUUGAUGUCUUCAGUUACAAGGAACUGAUUGAAUAUAGUCCACAAAACUGCAAUAUUUGUUCGCAAAUAUUUCCAGACAGCUUUUCUCUAAUAUGCCACAACACAAGACACUUAGAAUUAAAAUUAGUUCCAAUAACAAUAAGAUAUCAAUGUGAUGAAUGUCUACUAUAUUUUGAUCUGGAAUCAGAGUUACACAAACAUUUGGAACGAAAAUGUCAACAUUCAUCAACAAACGAUAAACUACUUGUACCCAGGAAUAUUAAAACAAAAGAGACAAAAUCUGUGAUAACAAAUAAUAAACCACUCAUACUCAAGAAUGUAGAUACGAAAAAAACAAAAUCAGUUUUACACUGUCAUAUCUGCAAUAAACUGUUAUCAUAUAAAAUUUGGCAUGAUCACAUUAAAGAAGUACACAGCAGCAAAUCAUUUCAAUGUGCUUUAUGUAGUAUGAGAUUCAAAGCGAAGAGAUAUCUAAGAACUCAUAUGAAAUUUGUACAUCAAAAUUCAACAAAAAUAGACCCUAAGAUGAUCCCAGACAAUUUAAAAUGCAAACUGUGUCCAGCCAUGUUUAACCACAAAUACAAUUUGCAUUUACAUAUGAAAAAUUGUCAUUGUGAAAAGGUUCAAUGUGAAAUAUGUUUGUCAGAAAUGAAGAAAUCUAAUCUCCCUAGUCAUAUGAGAAGAGUGCAUUACAGUGAUGGCAAAGAGCAUAAAUGUGAUUGUGGUAAAUCAUUCCGAUCUCCUAGGUACUUAAAGAUACAUAUUAAAAAUACUCACAAUAACAAAAAGAAAUGAUUGUGGAUUUUUGUAGACCAUUUAAUUAUCUAUUAUUGACUGAUUUGUUGGUAAGAUUUUUAAAAGAACC